CUCCAAACAGAGAUGGUCUUAAAGGGGUACGAGAUGGGACGAAUAGACCUUGCAUAUUACGACAUAUGAUCAGAGACGGAAGAGGAAGCGAGACAUCCCACUCCCUCAUUUUUUCUGGUUCAUAUACAUUAGACCAGAUCACAGUUUAUAUCGCAUAGCCACCCCGGAACCAUGUUUUCAAGGAUAAUCGCUUCAUUUAUAUUUAUAUUAUUAUUAUAUAUUUGGUAUGAUGACUUUUGAUAUACUGAGGGGCGACGACCGUCGACCGCCAUCUUAGUUCAGGGCAAUAUCAUGCCGAAAAGUUGUUCUGCAUAUAACUGUACCAAUAGGUACAGCAAACAUACAGAUAUUACUUUUCACAGAUUUCCUUUCAGCAAACCAACUGUAUUUAGACAAUGGCUGGAUAACAUAUGCCGAGAUGACUAUUAUCCCAAAAAACAUAUGGUCAACUGCUCACUUCAUUUUACUACAGAUUGUUUCAGCGGUUUAGGCAACCGCAAAAACCUGCCGUGGAAUGCUGUACCCACUCUCUUUACAUUCCCACCACCAAAUUCUAAGGUAGGCCUACUCAUUUCAUCAGCAUCUAUUGGAUUCUUACCUUUUCCAAACAUUUUAGCUUAUGCCUGCCCAUACCAUAACCCCACCAUGGGGCUCUCUGUUGACAACGUUGACAUCCGCAAACCGCUCGCCCACACCACGCCAUACACGCUGUCUACCAUCUGCUCAGUACAGUUGAAGCCAGGAUUCAUCCAUGAAGAGCACGCUUCUCCAGCGUGCCAGUGGCCAUCGAAGCAUGUCGUCAUCUCUGAUCACAGUUACUCGCUGUCCGACCCAUGUGCAGUGAAGGCCCAGCUAUUCAAAACCUUGGAUACCAACAAAUGGCUCAACAGAAGGUUACAAAUGAAGAGCCAGCUGAUCAACAAAAUGAGGUUCAAAUUGAAGGCAGCACGCGCCGAGUUGUCAAGUCUACGCAGCUGGACGAAUCUGUCCAGGGCUGCUGGUAAAGUAUCUAUAUGGCCAAGUGUACAGAGGAUAGUUGUGAUUGAUAUCAGCUGACCCAUUAAUUGACAUUGGUUUUAUUGGAAAGCUAUUUUGUAUUGGAAUUUAACAAGGAGUUAAACAAGGAAUUUAACAAGGAGUUAAACAAGGAAUUUAACAAGGAGUUAAAUUCAUUUGCUGAUCCUCUUCUGAAAACAGUCUUGAAGACAAGACUUUUUCCAAUUUCCUCUUGGUCAAUGAGUGCAAAAUAUUUAUUUUGGAAAGCUUUGCAGCCCUAUCCAUCUUGCUGACAUCUACAAAACAUUAUUUGGAUAAUAUAGUAUACUUUUCCCACGAGUUUAAAGGGACCUUCCUGGACUGAGUUUUUA